CAUUACAUCCGUACUUGUAAGUUUGAGGAAAACGAUAACGAAAAUGUUCAUCUGAAUUUCGGAACAGAGAAGCACACUCACUCCGCUCGCCGCCGCCGCCGCCACUGCCGACGACCGGAAUCGGAGAUGAAGAAGAUCUUCGGCACGAAGAAGAGCAAGGAACCGACCCCCACCAUCCAGGACGCCACCAACCAAAUAAACAAGAGGGGGGAGAGCGUGGACGAGAAGAUCAGGAAGCUGGACGAGGAGCUGGCAAGGUACAAGGAGCAGAUCCGCCGGACCCGGCCGGGGCCCUCGCAGGAGGCCAUCAAGGCCCGCGCCAUCAGGCUACUCAAGCACAAGCGCAUGUACGAGGAGCAGCGCAACAUGCUCUACAACCAGACCUACAACCUCGACCAGGUCGGCUUCGCCGCCGACGGCCUCAAGGACGCCCAGCAGACUAUGAAUGCUAUGAAGGCGGCAAACAAGGAGCUUAAGGGGAUGAUGAAAACCGUCAAGAUCGAGGAUAUCGAUAAUAUGCAAGAUGAAAUGACGGAUCUGAUGGACGUGAGCAAUGAAGUACAAGAAUCUCUCGGUAGAAGCUACAACAUCCCCGAUGAUGUUGAUGGGGAAGAGCUAAUGGGAGAGCUGGAUGGUCUGGAAGCUGAUAUGGAGUUUGAGUCUGCUGCAGUCCCUUCAUAUCUUCAGCCAGACGAGGAAGCUGAUCUUAACUUGCCCGCUGCACCGACUUAUCCUACAGCAGUUCCAGUAAACAGGCACCAGGAGGAUGAGCUAGGACUGCCAGCGGUACCCCGAGCAUCACUCCGUAGCUAGAAGUAUUUUGUGUGCGUGGUUCUUAGUGUUACCUUGUUGUUAAGGUGAAGUUAAGAAGCCUUUGGUCUGUGCUUGAGCAAUCCAUUUGUACUGCCUCUGCUGAUGGAUAAGCUGUUGUGGUAAUAUCGUUCUUUAACUUGGUUGUUCGCAAGUUGUUGAAAGAAGAAAAUAGCAAAGCCUGGAUUGCCCCUA